CCAGUUUGGCUUCACAGUCGUCAUUUAAGAAAGGGAGAGGUCUACGUGAGAAGCUAGCAGAGAUGGAGACAUUCCGUGAACUGUUAUGUAGACAAGUAGAUGUACUUCAAGCAUACUUUGAUUCCUGUGUUGAGGGGGGACCAGUUGAAAACAAUCAAAGACACAGUUGGCAUGACGACCCAUUGGAAGAAAAUGAUGGCGAUACUGAAAGUGAUGAUUUACUCAAACCUCAAGCUGACAACUCACAUUUAGAUAGUGAAAAUGGACAUAGAGAGCAAACUUCAUCAUUCUUACCUGACAUUGGGAUAGAUUUUAAAGGAGAAGCCUUUACUUUCAAAGCCACAACUGCUGGUAUCUUAGCAACCUUGUCUCACUGUAUUGAAUUGAUGAUACAAAGAGAAGACCAAUGGCAAAGGAGAUUUGAAAAGGAGCAAGAUAAAAGAAAAAGAGCUGAAGAGGCUUAUCGAAAUGCUUCUGCUGAAUGAAGAAACGAGCAACCUUUGGAGGUCCGGAUUAUGAGG